UUCAGUUGUUUCGAAUCCUUCAGACAAUGAGCUACCAACAGCGCAGUGACCGAAGGGAGGGACCUCGGGUUCCUGCUCGUACUGCCCGUCAAGAGUGGGUUCCUAGAGGAUCCAUUGCCACUGUUGUGAAUCCACCUUCGAGCUUCAAUUCAAAUCCCAACGGAAAUGGUGGAGACUCGAAUUACAGUUCCGCCCCUCCUUCGAAUCGGCAUAGAGGAGGCUUCGCUCGGCGAAGAUACACGGCGCCGCCUGCGCAUCCGAAGAACGACCCGGAGAUUCUAGAGCCGAUGGUAUUCGAUGUCCCGCAACUUGUGCAAGAAAUUCAAGAUAAGCUAGCAAAAAGAGCGGUUGAAUGCAUGAUUUGUUAUGAUAUGGUGGGGAGGUCUGCCCCAAUCUGGUCGUGCUCGAGCUGUUACUCCAUUUUCCAUCUCAAUUGUAUAAAGAAAUGGGCUAGGGCACCGACUUCUGUUGACUUGUCUGUGGAAAAGAAUCAGAGAGGGAAUUGGCGCUGCCCUGGUUGCCAGUCUGUGCAGCUGCUCACGGCGAAGGAAAUUCAAUAUCUUUGCUUCUGUGGGAAGAGACCAGACCCUCCUACUGAUUUGUAUCUGACACCGCAUUCUUGUGGAGAGCCAUGUGGGAAGCCAUUGGAUAGGGAGGUUGCUGGCGGUGGCGAUAGCAAUGACGAUGAUCGGUGCCCCCAUGUCUGUGUCUUGCAGUGUCACCCGGGUCCAUGUCCUCCUUGUAAAGCAUUUGCUCCCCCUCGCAGGUGCCCUUGUGGGAAGAAGACGAUUACGACGAGAUGCUCUGAUCGGAAGUCCUUGUUUACUUGUGGGCAGCCCUGUAAGAAGAUUCUGGAAUGUGGGCGUCACAGGUGUGAGCGAAUUUGCCACCUGGGACCAUGUGACCCUUGUGGGGCUAUGAUCAAAGCGUCGUGUUUCUGCAAGAAGAAGGUAGAGAUCCUUCUCUGUGGAGAGAUGGUUGUUAAAGGGAAUGUGAGACAGAUGGAUGGUGUUUUCUCGUGUAACUCCACUUGUGGCAAGGAGCUUGCUUGUGGAAAUCAUUUCUGUGGCGAGGAUUGCCAUCCUGGUCCAUGUGGGGAUUGCGAGUUGACGCCUUGGAGGAUUAAGACCUGCUACUGUGGCAAAACGAGGAUACAGAAUGAAAGACGGAGUUGCUUGGAUACAAUUCCGACCUGCUCGCAGGCUUGUGGUAAGCUUCUUCCUUGUGGGAUUCACCAAUGUAAGGAGUCGUGCCAUGCUAGGGACUGUCCUACUUGUUUGGUUCCGGCCAACCAGAAAUGCCGUUGUGGUUCUUCUUCUCGGACUGUUGAGUGUUACAGAACAGUGGACGAGAUGGAUAAGUUUGUCUGUGAUAAACCUUGCGGGAGAAAAAAGAGCUGUGGGAGGCACAGGUGCAGUGAGAGGUGUUGCCCUCUCUCUGGUUCCAGCAACCAAGUUUUGGGCCAUUGGGACCCUCAUUUGUGUUCGAUGGUAUGUGGGAAGAAGCUCAGAUGUGGGCAGCAUUCUUGUGGGUCACUGUGCCACAGCGGCCAUUGCCCACCUUGCCUUGAAACCAUCUUCACUGACCUGGCCUGUGCUUGUGGGAAAACUUCAAUACCCCCUCCUCAGCCUUGUGGUACCCCUCCUCCUUCUUGUCAACACCCAUGUUCAGUUCCCCAGCCCUGUGGCCAUCCACCAUCUCACAGUUGCCAUUUUGGUGAUUGCCCACCUUGUUCAAUUCCGGUGGCGAAGGAAUGCAUUGGUGAGCAUGUCGUUCUCAGGAACAUACCUUGUGGUACGAGGGACAUUCGAUGUAAUCAGCUCUGUGGCAAGACACGACAGUGUGGUAUGCAUGCUUGUGGAAGGACUUGUCAUCCUCCACCUUGUGAUUCUAACAGUGGGUCUGAGUCUGGGUCUGGUUCUGGUGUGAAGGUUUCUUGUGGGCAAAUAUGUAGUUCUCCUAGGAGAGAUUGUAGGCACACAUGUACUGCUACUUGUCAUCCAUCAUCACCUUGUCCUGAUCUGAGAUGUGAUUUCCCUGUGACAAUCACAUGUUCCUGCGGUCGGAUUACUGCCACAGUCCCUUGUGAUGCCGGAGGCAGUGGUCAUGUCGAUACUGUUUUCGAAGCAUCUGUUAUUCACAAAUUGCCGGUUCCACUUCAUCCUGUAGAAGCAACCGGCAAGAAGGUCCCGCUUGGACAGAGAAAGCUCGCCUGUGAUGAGGAGUGCACGAAAUUGGAGCGCAGACGAGUUCUUGCGGAUGCUUUUGAUAUUACUCCGCCAAACUUGGAUGCCCUUCAUUUUGGUGAGAAUUCUACAGUUUCUGAUGUGCUUGCUGAUCUAUAUAGGCGAGAUCCAAAAUGGGUCUUAUCUAUUGAGGAGAGAUUCAGGUUUCUGGUGAUUGGAAAGAGUAGAGGAGGCACCUCGAGUAGUCUCAGGGUUCAUGUUUUCUGUCCAAUGGUUAAGGAGAAGAGAGAUGCUGUGAGGCAAAUUGCAGUGAGAUGGAAGCUUGCAAUUCAUGCAGCUGGGUGGGAGCCAAAGCGGUUCCUUGUGGUUCAUGUCACCCCCAAGUCUAAAGCUCCAUCUCGAAUUCUUGGUGCCAAGGGUGCUGUGACUGUUGCUAUGUCUCAGCCAGUUUUUGAUCCAUUGGUCGACAUGGAUCCACGACUAGUUGUGGCUUUUUUGGAUUUGCCAAGGGAUGCAGAUAUAAGCGCUUUAGUCCUGAGGUUUGGUGGAGAGUGUGAACUGGUCUGGUUGAAUGACAAGAAUGCUUUAGCAGUAUUUAGUGAUCCUGCCCGAGCAGCAACUGCUCUGAGGCGGUUAGAUCAUGGUUCGGUGUAUCAUGGUGCUGCUGUAGUUCUUCAGAAUGGUGGUCCUACAUCUUCUGGUCUCAAUGCAUGGGGAACUGGGGCUGCAAAGGAGGGGAGUGUAGUUACAACCCAUAAGGGUAAUCCAUGGAAAAAGUCUGUUGUACAGGAAUCCAGUUGGAGGGAUGACUCUUGGGGUGGCAGAGAGUCGCCUGGUGCCUCAGCUGAUGUGCUUGUGUCUGCAUGGAAAGGGAAGGAAGCUCCAUUUGCUCCUUCAAGGAACAGAUGGGGCAUUCUUGACUCAGAUGCAUUUUCUAAUUCUGCUGCUACCUCUUCUGUUGGAACUGAUGAUACAGGUAACCAUUGGGUGGCAAGUUCUUCCACUUCAGGACUGGAAACAAACACGUCAGGUUCAAGUUCCACAGUGCAGCCUGGAGUGCUUAAUGAUGCUGAGUUGUCUGAAGUAGUGGAUGAUUGGGAGAAAGCUUAUGAGUAAGAAACAGAAAGAUAAGAAGAUGAUAUCUCGUUUUGUGGCAUUUUGCGUGAUUUUGUUCUUGGGUUCUCUUUUCAACAUUACAGCAUCACUGUUUGGGGUUUGAUGGUAUUCUUAUGUCAAAUCUUGUAGAGAGCAUUCUUUUUUAAACAUGCUGAAGGCUGGAGUGGCCAAACCACCAAUCUAUCUUCUGGUUUUCAAUGGUAAUUGUAGAUUCACUAAGAAAUCAAAUACAUACAAUUUUUCUUGUGUUGUGAGUUCUC